AAACAUCAAACUCUAUUGUCUAAUUGAACAGCUUCAAAACAAGAUUUACUAGAGAAAACAGGAAAUGGGUUGUGCUUAUCUCAGCAUGCCAGGUUUCAUGAAGGCAAUGUUUCUGAUGUUAUUUGCUGUGAUGAUAUUGCCAGAGCUGACUCAUGCAAAGCAUGCAAGAGUCACCAGGCACUACAAGUUUAACAUCAAAAUGCAAAACUUCACAAGGCUAUGCCAAACAAAGAGCAUUGUAACUGUCAAUGGACAGUUUCCUGGUCCUAGAAUCAUAGCAAGAGAAGGAGAUAGAGUUGUGAUUAAAGUGGUUAACCAUGUUCAGUACAAUGUGUCCCUUCAUUGGCAUGGAGUUCGCCAACUGAGAAGUGGCUGGGCAGAUGGACCUGCCUACAUCACACAGUGUCCAAUUCAGACAGGCCAGAGUUUUGUGUACAAUUUUACGAUCAUUGGUCAAAGAGGAACAUUGUGGUGGCAUGCACAUAUCUCAUGGCUUAGAACAACCCUUUAUGGUCCCAUUGUCAUUCUUCCCAAAAGACAUGUUCCUUACCCUUUCACUCAACCCUUCAGAGAAGUUCCCAUCGUAUUGGGAGAAUGGUGGAAAGCAGACACAGAAGCAGUUAUAAAUCAAGCAACGCAAACAGGAUUGGCACCAAAUAUCUCAGAUGCUCACACCAUCAAUGGUCUUCCAGGUCCUGUCUCCAACUGCCCAGCCAAAGAUACUUUCAAGCUCAGGGUGAAGCCUGAGAAAACAUAUCUGCUUCGUUUGAUCAAUGCUGCACUUAAUGAUGAGAUGUUCUUCAGCAUAGCCAACCACAGCCUCACUGUUGUGGAAGCUGAUGCUGUGUAUGUAAAGCCCUUCAGCACAAAGAUUGUUCUGAUCACACCUGGUCAAACGGUCAACGUGCUUCUCAGGGCCAAAUCCAAGGCUCCAAACGCCACAUUUGCCAUAUCUGCAAGGCCCUAUGCUACAGGUCCAGCUGCUUUUGACAACACCACAGCCACAGGGUUUCUUGAGUACAAGAAACAUUCACUUUCAAGCAACAAGUCAAACACCAAGAAGCUUCCUCUUCUUAGACCAGUGUUCCCUAAAUUCAAUGACAGUGUCUUUGCAAUGAACUUCCACAACAAGGUGCGUAGCUUGGCCAAUGCAAGAUUCCCAGCAAAGGUUCCAAAAACUGUGGACAGGCGCUUCUUCUUCACCGUUGGCUUAGGAAUCAGCCAAUGCUCAAAAAACCAACAAUGCCAAGGGCCUAAUAACACAAGGGUAGCUGCUGCUGUCAACAAUGUGACUUUUGUGAUGCCGAGCAUUGCCUUACUCCAAGCACAUUUUUUCAACCAAUCCAAGGGAGUUUACACCACUGAUUUUCCUGCUAACCCUCCUUUCAAAUUCAACUACACUGGCACUCCACCAAGCAACAUCAUGGUGAGUAGUGGGACUAAGGCAGUGGUGUUGCCAUUCAACACUAGGGUGGAAUUGGUUCUGCAAGAUACAAGCAUCAUUGGAGCUGAGAGUCACCCACUUCACCUUCAUGGCUUUAACUUCUUCAUUGUGGGUCAAGGCAAUGGAAACUUUGACCCCAAAAAGGACCCCAAAAACUUCAACCUGGUUGACCCUGCUGAGAGGAACACUGCUGGUGUGCCAUCCGGAGGCUGGGUUGCUGUGCGCUUUCUUGCAAACAAUCCAGGUGUUUGGUUCAUGCAUUGCCACCUUGAAGUGCAUACUAGUUGGGGCUUGAAAAUGGCAUGGAUAGUUCAAGAUGGAAAGCGGCGCAACCAGAAGUUGCCACCUCCACCCUCUGAUCUCCCCAAGUGUUGAGAAGAUAGACACCUUAAUGUUUUCCUUUUCUUUGUCUGGUUUUGGGGUUAGAUUUUGAAGUAUUUGCCUUCUGGCUUUUGAUUUCAAUUUUUGUCCACCUCCUUUUUCUUUUCUCAUUUUUGGAUAUAAUGUUUGGGGCAAUUAGAUUGUUGUUUAUGUGGUAAAUCUAGUUAGAGAAUUGAGUGGAGAGUUGUAUGCAGGUUUUAGUAUUCAAUCAUCAAUUUUAAUUUGUAAUACUUUUGCCAACUAUUAUGGUAGUAUGAAAGAAUCAAAGUUCCUACAUAUUCA